GAAAGUGGACAACUCAAUUAUGCUUGAAGGCUUGACGCCGGCGAAAUAGUUAUUUGUUUCCUUUAAAAUUUUUAUUUUUUGUAGCUCUAUGACUGCUAAUCCAUGGGAAAUUGUGCAGGAAAGGACAAGAAGAAACAAGCCGAUAAUCGACCUAGCCCUGAAGAACAAACAACGCCACAAAACCCACCUCAAAACGAUGUCAUUAACACUAUGACCCGCCAGAAUGUUCCUCAUCCUCCUUUACCUAGGUUGCCAGGAAAAAAUGAACCAACCAGUCCAACUACUCCUGGUUAUCGUUUGUUUGUCGCUCUUUUCGACUAUGAUGCACGAACAGCUGAGGAUUUAACUUUCCAAAAGGGCGAUUAUUUAGAGGUAAAACCAGAGAAUACAGCCUACGAAUGGUGGCUUGCUAGAUCGCGUAAAAGCAAGAAAGAAGGUUAUAUUCCAAGUAAUUAUGUGGCCGAAGUCAAGACCUUAGAAGCUGAAGACUGGUUUUAUGGAAAGAUAUCACGAAACGAGGCCCAGAAAUUCUUGCUUUCCUCUGCUAACAAGCACGGGGCAUUUUUAAUUAGGGAAAGUGAAAAUGCUGGCAAUAAUUAUGCUCUUUCAGUUCGUGAUGGUGAUGUUGUUAAACAUUACAGGAUACGAGCUUUAGAUGGUAACCGAGGAUUUUUUAUUACAAGAAGAAGUGAGUUCGCUGACCUUCAAGAGCUAGUACAGCAUUAUAAAACUGAUGCUGAUGGUUUAUGUGACAAGCUUGGUCUUCCUUGCUGUAAGCUAGAGAAACCUCAGACCGUCGGCAUUUCGUACAAUAUGGUUGACAAGUGGGAGAUUGACAGGGGUGCUUUGAAGUUUACCAAGAAACUUGGAGCCGGUAAUUUUGGCGAAGUUUGGCAAGGAUUAUGGAAUGCUACGACACAAGUUGCAAUUAAGACCUUGCGUCCAGGCACCAUGCAACCAGGUGCCUUCCUAAAGGAGGCUGAGAUAAUGAAAAAACUUAUUCACCCAAAGCUUGUUCAGUUAUAUGCAGUGUGUUCACGCGAAGAACCAAUAUAUAUUGUAACAGAACUUAUGACAAAAGGGAGUUUACUUGAUUAUCUUCAUGGAGAAGGUCGUAGUGUGUUAAAUAUGCCCAAAAUGGUGGACGUAGCUGCACAGGUUGCUGAGGGGAUGGCAUUUCUUGAGUCACACGGUUUUGUACAUCGAGAUUUAGCAGCUAGAAAUGUUCUUGUAGGUGAAGGUCUUAUUGUUAAGAUUGCUGAUUUUGGUCUUUCUCGAGUUCUCGAGGAGGAUAUAUACGAAGCUCAUGAAGGAGCAAGAUUUCCAAUAAAGUGGACCGCUCCUGAAGCUUGCCUUGAGAAUAAAUUUUCGAUAAAGUCAGAUGUUUGGUCAUUUGGAAUUCUGUUGACAGAAAUCACAACAUAUGGAAGAAUACCUUAUCCGGGAAUGUCAAAUGCAGAGGUAAUAAAGAAAAUUGCAGAUUCAACCUAUAGGAUGCCCAAGCCACAACGAGUUCCAGAGAAACUCUAUGGUAUAAUGUUGAAAUGUUGGUCUGAAUCACCCGAAGAACGACCAACAUUUGAAACUCUUACCUGGCAGCUUAAAGACUUUUUCCAAGAUGACAAACAAUACAGGGAAGCCGAAGAAGUCAAUAGAUUUCGUUAGUCAAUUUUCAUAUUUACUCCAGUUAGCAUAUUUAUGUAGUUUAUGUCAAUAGAUGCUGAAAUUUUUUAACACUGAACAGUAAAGUACAGCACCUAAAAGGAAACAGAUUGUUUGGAACUUAAAAACAAAGCUGUUCACUUUCAAUAUGGAUAUUUAAGUUGUAAUAGUUUCAAGUGUAGCUUGUUGUAAAUAGGAGCUGGUACUUUCAACACAUUUUAAUAAUAGAUUUGAACUAACAUGUAAUAAAAGUAUAAUUGUUUCUUUCAUUUUAUAAAUGACAGUUUGUACAAUGAAGAUUUUAUCAAUUGUAA